AUGACAGACUUUAAUCUGCCCAAAGAUACGAGGACUCCGGUUAAGAAAGAAGAAAAGAAAGAGCGCGGUCCAUUGGCCAAUUACCUACUGCAAAUUGCCAAAAUAUAUGAUGCUAUGGACAUCGAGCCUGAUGUGAGAUUGCUACGAGAUCACCUACAUCAAGAUCCGCCUUUACAUUCCAGACGAACAUUGGAUCAGUCAUACUAUUGGAAACUUCAAAACACUGACAAUAGGGAUGAGGACCAAGUAGUUUUUCGCGCAACAAAGGAAGGAAAGAGUCCUCUUCGGACUACGCGUGUGGUAAUGGUGGACCAGUUGUGGUUGUACAUUUUGGAUGAGAGUGAGUUGCAUACAUGUUGAUCCAACAUUUUAGCCAGAUUCUAAAACAUUUUCAGAUACUAUUAUUUCUAGCUUUCCACGUCGAUGGGGCCGCAACAAGCCCGAUUAUUCGGGUGUGCACAAAGAAAUUCGUGCUAUGCUUGACCAUCUACGAGUUGGGCAGAUCGAGUCAGUGUAUGAUUUGGCUCUCCUAAUAAUUAAUCAGUGCAGUACUGUUUUUUUCGACCGAACAAAACCGGUGGAUGAGAGACCAGAGUUGCUCGAUAUCUUUUCUAACGCCCUCAGUCAUAUUGUAAGUCAUCCCUGUGGUUGCCCCCGGAGCUUUUAGAGGAGCCCAAACUCCUCAGCAUGUCAUAUCCAUCGAAACGAUUUCUUGUAGCCUUUGUGUUUUCUUUUUGCCUAGGGUUACUGAGCAUUUUCUGGACACAUGCUAAAAACAACCAGUCCGGGAUGAAAAUAGUUGCCUUCGAAGCAUUCUGGCGUCAUUUGGACAGACUCAGUGAGAGCGACCGUCAACAUAUAGAUCUCGAAUCCACGGCUAGAAAAUAUCUCAAUAUUAACCCAGAAGGGAAAUUGCUGAAAGAAGUCCACGAUAUAAUCGAAGAAUUGCGAAUGAUGAUGCGCAUAUUCUCUCAACAGAAAACGGUUGCGGCCGAUUUUGUCGAACAUCUUCGAACGCUCCAUGAUCAAGAGCGGAAACACAAUCUAAAUAUGCCUGCUGAUGAUGGAAAGCUAGAAAUCAUGGUGGAAAUUAAGAAUCUGUUACAGGCCAAUUCGAGUAACGCCACCUCGCCCAUUUCUGGGGGUGGUGGUCAACAACCGCUUCUCAAUGGGACUGUCAGUGCCCCCCAAAGUAUCCCUACGUCUGCGGUUACGGAAAAUACUUUGCGACACGCGAAGAAGGUGGUUGAUAAUAUUGCGCUGCGAAGGAUUGAAUUGGAGGAGCUUGAGGGCAGCACAAAUUCGAUAUACGAUCAGGUUUGUGAAGCUCCUCAUAUCCAACACAUGUGGCACCAGUUAAUUAUGUGCAGCUGAAAGAUCUGUUGAGCCUCAAGCAGCAACAGGCUAGCAUCAUCGAAGCCAAAUAUGCUUUAAAGAGAGCAGAUGAGAGUAUCAAGCAAGGCCGUUCCGUCAUGCUCUUCACAAUCGUUACCAUCAUCUUCCUACCACUUUCAUUCAUGAGUUCCGUCUUCGGGAUGAACGCCAGUAACUUUGAUUCCCCCGACGGAACUGGCAAUCGGAUGUCCCUACGGGAACAAUUCAAACUCCUUUGUACCUCCCCCUUCUCUUUCCCUUAUCCAUCUCCAACCCUAGCUAAUCGAUACCCUCACAGUCCCCAUCUCCAUCGGCGUAAUCAUCAUCUCCAUCUCCCUCGCCUUCUCCACGUGGAUCCGCGGCGUCAUCUACUACGCCCUCUCCGUCUCCUGGGCCUACUUUACUGAGUACACGUAUCUCCGUCGUAUCUUUGUUCAUAUCAGUACCAUGAUGUUCGGGAAGAACGUCUCAAAUCAGGUUUUUCUAAGGCAGCAGAAGAGGGUGAGGGAGAUUCAUAGGAGGCGAGAGAAGAAGAAGUUGAAAGAGGCGACGAUGAAGGUUGAGCGGUUAAUGAAGGAAUCAGAGGGCCCUUUCGAUGUGUGGAGUGGGGAGGGGAGGGAGGAGGGCGGAGGAGAGAAGGAGGGAGGGUGUUGGGGUGGAAAGGGGAGGGUGAGGGAUGAGGAGGAGGGUGGGGUUGUUAGUGUGAGGCUUUGGAAGGUGGAGGGGGGUUGGGUUGGGUUGGUUUGGUUUAGGACGGGUCUGGGAUGGGGGUUGGUUAGAAUAAGAUUUAUCUGA